GGAUUACGAAAAGAGAGAUGCAUCUCGUUACUGCUCCUAUAAUGCACCCUCUAUGCAUCUUCGGUUAUCUUUCUCUGACAGCUGUCAUAGAACCAAUGGGUCUGCCUGAACCUUUCAACUAGACACACGAUGACCACGAUUUGAAUGCUGCAACUGAGACGGAAUGACGUUGAUGGACACACACUGAGACACUGAGUAGGACUGGACAUGGGCUGGAUAUUUGUGACAACGAACUAAAAGGGGUGCAGAAGCACACCAGCACCCCAUUUUAUAAUUAUUCCAUGGCUAACCAUCUGAGUAGCUACCCCUAAUUCCACACUAUGCCUUCUAUGCCCCAUGGUCCCAUACGGAAAAGUUAUAUGUGUUACAUAUACAGUAUAUGUAUAUUACUUGUGUGUUUUAUGUGGGCAUAUACAGUGCAUUUGGAAAGUAUUUAGACCCCUUCCCUUUUUCCACAUUUUGUUACGUUACAGCCUUAUUCUAAAAUGGAUUAAAUAAAUAAAAACUAUAAAAAAUCAUCAAUCAUGUGCAGCGGCCGCUCAAGACUUCAGCUAAUUUAAUCUUUUGGCACCACUCACAGGAGCGAGCACCACCUUGCAGAACUGCCCUGCCGCCCUACUCCCAUUGAAGUCUAUGAGACCUCCGCCGCUUACCAUGGCCUGUCUACACCUGGAAGACAACAGGAUCAACAGAAUCUCCAAGCAGGCAUUCUCAGGACUCUACUCACUAAGAAGACUAUUUCUUAGUCAGAAUCGGAUUACGUUGUUGAAGGCUGGCAUUUUUGAAGACCUUUGGAACCUGGAGUGGCUGAUUCUUGAUGAAAAUAGAAUAGCAUCUCUGAGACAGAACUCGUUUGAGGGGCUGAAAUCGUUAUUUUUCCUGUCUUUGCUGAACAAUUCCCUAGAAUCCAUCCCCAAGAAAUCUGUCUGCCAGGAAAUGCCUAGAUUAAACUGGCUAGAACUGGAGGGGAACAAGAUAUCAUCUUUGUGGGUUUCCAGCUUUCAAAACUGCACUACUCUGACAGUAUUGGCUCUUCGAAAAAACAGAAUACAAACUAUUGAGGAGGGAAUAUUUUCUGGCAUGCCAAACCUGAUAGACUUGGACGUAUCUUUAAACAAAAUUGAGGAGUUCUCACCAACUAUAUUUACAAAUCUUCAAAACCUAAAACAGUUGAACAUCUCAAAUAACCCUCUGACUCAUAUCUAUGAUGAUCAGUUUGACAUGUUUGUCAAUUUGCAAUCUCUGAGUAUAGAGGAGGUCGACAUACCAAACAUCAGUAUUCAGAUGUUUCGCUCUCUUAGGAACUUGGCCCAUAUUUAUUUUAAGAAAUUUGAAUACUGUGGCUACUCUCCUAAUGUGCGAAGUUGUAAGCCAAACACUGACGGGAUUUCAACAUUUGAGAAUCUUCUUGCGAACAUCAUCCUUCGCGUUUUUGUGUGGGUGGUGGCCUUCAUCAUCUGCUUUGGCAACGUCUUUGUGAUAUGCCUGCGGUCUUGCAUUGCAUCUGAAAACCAGCACCACACCAUGGCCAUCAUAUCACUGUGCUGUGCUGACUGCUUGAUGGGAGUAUACCUGUUCUUCAUUGGUGCAUUCGACAUCAAAUACUGUGGAGAGUACAACAGACACGCCCAGCUGUGGAUGGAGAGCAUGCAGUGCCAGUUGAUUGGCUCUCUGGCCAUGCUGUCCACUGAGGUGUCAGUCAUGCUUCUGACCUACAUGACUCUGGAGAAGUACCUGUGCAUUGUGUUCCCCUUCCACAACUACAGAGCCGGACGUAAACAGACACUCUGCUACCUCAUCUUCAUCUGGGUCCUGGGUUUCCUAAUCGCCGUCAUUCCCCUCUGGGACAAGCAGACGUUUGGGAAUUACUACGGCAGGAAUGGAGUGUGUUUUCCACUUCACUCAGACGAGAUGGAGAAACCAGGUGCCCGAUGCUACUCCACUGGAAUAUUUCUGGGGUUGAAUCUCUUUGCGUUCAUCAUGAUCGUCUUCUCCUACACCAGCAUGUUUUACUCUGUACAGAAAACUGCUAAGACAGCAAGACAGUCCAUCUACAACAAGGAGGUCUCUAUAGCCAAGAGGUUUUUCUUCAUUGUUUUCACAGAUGCCAUGUGUUGGACACCUAUAUUCCUCCUAAAGAUCCUCUCUCUUUUACAAGUGGAAAUAGCAGGAACGAUCGUUCUAUGGGUGGUGAUCUUCAUCCUGCCCAUCAAUAGUGCCCUAAACCCCAUCCUGUACACCAUCACCACCAGCUCCUUCCAGGAGAGACUGAAACUCUGCCUGAAGGCCAAGUGCAAACAGACUGGGCUCAGGGAAACUUCCCAAAAAGUAUCUGAAGUCUACCAGAACCCCAGCCCUCCUCCUUAACAAAAAGGAACCUCUCAGUCAGGGAGCUGGCCAACCCUCCUGGGUAUGCAGGCUUUUAUUCCAGUCCUUCUGGAACACACCUGAUUCAGAUCAAGAUCUUGCAGAUCAUCUGAUUAAUAGGAUCAGUGUGUUUUAGCAGGGCUUGAGCAAAGCCUGCAUACCGAGUAGCUCUCCAGGAGGAGGGUUGGCUAUCCAUGCUCUUAUGUAUUUGAUAGGGAGAGUGAUGUAUUCAUGUAAUCAUUCUUUACCAGCAAGAGAACAAAUUCUCUGGGAACCAAUUUAUUGCCAAAUGUUUUGUGUGAAUACAUAAUGUACAGUUCCUGUAAACACAGAUGUGCAGAAUCAACGUAUUUUCCCUACCCAAAUUACACUGAGUAUACCAAACAUUAGGAACACCUUCCUAAUAUUGAGUUGCACCCCCCCCCCCCCUCCCCUUUUGACCUCAGAACAGGUCUCUGCAAGGCAUCUACUACCAUACCCCAUUCAAAGGCACUUUAAUCUUUAAUUUGUCUUGCCCAUUCACCCUCUGAAUGGCACACAUACACAUUCCACAUCUCAAUUGUCUCAAUGGCUUAAAAGUCCUUCUUUAACCUGUCUCCUCCCCUCCAUCUACACUGAUUGAAGUGGAUUUAACAAGUGACAUCAAUAAGGGAUCACAGCUUUCACCUGGAUUCACAUAGGUCAGUCUGUCAUGCAAAGAGCAUCUGUUCUUAAUGAUUUGUAAACUCAUUGCACAUGCAUUGUAGAAAUGUAUAAUAAAAAAAUCAACAAAUA